GGGGUGAUGACGUCACGAUGACGUAAAACCGCCUCCGUCCGCCGACUUAUUAAACAUGUCCGGGGUCUCUGCUGUACAAGCUCGGCGGCGUCACGGCGGGACCUCGCAUUAAAAACUGAAGACUGGAAGAGCCGUCCUCACCCCCUCACCAACACCUCAGGUGAACUUUCCCUUCCUGGCGCUAACCUUUGACUACUAGCGUCACCCAGCCGUGUGACUCGCUCUUACACCCGCUGAUAAGCAACUAAAGUCGGCCUUGGCGUCCGGACUCUCCCGUGGGGACGGCGCUGACACUUUAGCCCGUUUAGACUGCCUCGCUGUGUUCGAGGUCAUCGGCUUCCACCAUCGGCUCCUAGCAGACCUCCAGGAAUGAAGAGUCUGCCGUACUUCUGCCGGGGAGAAGUCAUUCGAGGCUUCGGGAGAGGCAGCAAGGAGCUGGGCAUUCCCACAGCCAACUUCCCGGACUCGGUGGUGGACAAUCUGCCGGCGGACAUCGGCACGGGGAUCUACUACGGCUGGGCCUGCGUGGGCAACGGCGACGUGUACAAAAUGGUGAUGAGCAUCGGCUGGAACCCGUACUACAAAAACACCAAAAAGUCCAUGGAGACUCAUGUCAUCCACCAGUUUAAGGAGGACUUCUACGGGGAGACCCUCAGUGUGGUCAUGGUGGGCUACAUCCGGCCAGAGAGAAGCUACAACUCACUGGAGGCGCUGAUCGCCGCCAUCAACGGCGACAUCGAGGAGGCCAAGGUCCAGCUGGAGCUGCCCGAGCACGUCAAGCUGAGGGAGGACAACUUCUUCACCAGCGGACAUCACUGCACCCCCGUCCCCCCCACCGCCUCCUCCUCCUCACAGACUAUCAUGAACGGACACUGAGAGCCGUUGCCAUGGCGACACGUGGAUGAAACAUGGCUUCUUUUCCAGUUUUGUAUGUUUUUUUUCUUUUACGUGGCAACUAAAUGUAAUUCAAUGUUAAAUCUUCAACACAAGUCGAUGUGGCUAUUAUUGUGUAGAACAACACACUAUGCAACACACACACACACACACACACACACACACACUUGCUAAUUACUGGGUUCUACAAAACUGGCCUGAGUGAGAGGUCACCCUCCUUCUUUACAGUUCAUCCAUUUGUUUGUUCCCGCCUGUCAACGGUCAAAGAAUAAAGUCCACGAGCAGCCAUCAUUUUGUAUUUAUAAUUUAUUGUGGGGAGAAAAAAAAGGUCCUACAAGAAACGCCAACCAGAAAAGACUAGAUUUAAUUAUGACUUGUGAUGUUAUUGUGCUUGAAGAAUGUAAAUAUAUCAAAUACUUAGAAUGUAAUCUAUCCUGUCAAAUGUUUUUUUCUGCCGAGUGAAGCGUCGUGUCCGCAUUAAAAGAACGACAACAACAA